AGGAUCGAUGGACGUUAUUAAGACUGUUGCUUCUGUUCGAAGAGCUAGCCAGAGCUGUAUGCCUCGAAAAUCUGAGAACUUCAUCAAACCUGUUAUCCCGAGAAAAAUUAAUUCGACCAAAGUAACCGAAAAUAUAACAGAACAGCUGAAGAGACAAGGUAUAAGAUGUUGCACCGACGUCUGUGAGCUGUAUCUAGCUAAUAACAACUUUGUGGACAUUCCAACUCUCGGAGAGUAUAAAGCCUUGCACGUGCUCUGGCUCAACAACAAUAAGAUUUAUAAAGUAGAUUUCCUGAAGACCAACUUCCAGAUAACAGAGCUGUAUCUCCAACAAAACAUGAUCGUUAACAUUGGUGGGGCCCUGAAACAUCUCUCUUGUUUACAGAUUCUAAUGCUGCAUGCAAAUCAACUGACGUGCUCGCAUACAACAGUAAAGGAACUGAAAAACAUGCUCAGUCUUCAUACUCUUAAUCUAUUCGGCAACCCGAUCGCUCAAGAAGAGUGCUACAGAUUGUUUGUGAUCCAUAACAUCAGCUCUCUAAAACUGUUAGACCGACAGGCGGUCAGCUACAACGAAGUUUCAGCAGCUAGAAGGUUAUUUGCUCCUCAGCUGGUAAGGAUAAAUGACUCUAUAAAGUUUGGUAGACGUGAAUUUAACAAGGAACAUUUCCCGCCAAAACGCUUUACUGGAAAAACAGUGAGAUACAUUAGAGUAGGAGACAACCCCCACUCUCGAGCCAGUUUAUCACCACGGCGGAACACUACCCCCAUGUCGUACUCCCUGUUCGACUGGGAAACCUCGGGGAGGGAGUUUCUCUACUCUAAAACUAGAUCCCCUCCCAGAAAACUUACUGUAUCUAUCAAGUGAGUGGCAAGCUUACUGUGGGUACAGUAUUAGGUAUCUCGCGGAUCUAAUUUGGUAUGUUAUUUGUGUUUAUAAGUGUACAUAUUUAUACAGUAACUCAGUGUUUCUAUUCGUGUUUGUGCUCGUUCUGAAUUUGAUUUUUGUUCCCUAUUUUGGUUCAGAAUUAGGGACAACUAAAGGGGC